CCACUUUAUGUAGAUCAGCUUUAGGACAACACGCCAUAUGUUUUCUUGUAGAAAGCAAUUGAACUCCAGUCAUCAAUUCUCCUUCAAUACUUCCAUACUGCUGUAUUAGCAGCACCAUUCAAUUUCUCGUCAUCAAUACACAUCAACCUCCACAAGCAACGUCACAAUGGCGCCUCCACCAGCACCAGGCGUUUGGUGCCCCGCAGUCACCUUCUUCACACCAGACAGCGAGACAGCGACCCUAGACCUCGUCGCACAAAAGCAAUACUUUACCUACCUCUCCAAAUCCGGGCUUACAGGACUCGUCAUCCUCGGAUCCAAUGCAGAAGCCUUUUUGCUCACACGAGACGAAAAAAGGGCACUCAUGAAAUGUGCCCGCGAAGCCGUCGGACCAGAUUACCCCCUCAUGGUCGGCAUUUCUGGCUUCUCUGUACCCCAGGUCCUAGAGAACAUUAGCGACGCAAUCGAGGCUGGCGCAAACUACGGAUUACUGCUGCCGGCUGCAUACUACGGGCCUGCAACAUCCAAGGAAGUCGUCAUGGCAUUUUACAAUGAAGUCGCGCAAAAAAGCUCGCUGCCUGUUGUCAUUUACAAUUUUCCGGGUAUUUGCAGUGGCGUGGAUCUCGAUUCCGUGACCAUUGCCGCGCUUGCGCAGCAGAACCCAGGCAAGAUUGUGGGCGUGAAGUUGACGUGCGGGAGUGUAGCUAAGAUCACGAGACUCUGCGCUGAACUGCCGAGCGACAUGUUUUCGACGUUUGCAGGACAGGCCGACUGGAUGAUUGCUGGCUUGGCUGUUGGAAGUGCGGGAUGCGUGUCGGCGUUUAGUAACGUUUUUCCCAAGGUCUGCUCGAAGAUUUACGAGUUGUAUACGAGCGGAAAGACAAAGGAGGCGCUGGAGCUGCAUCGUAAGGCUGCGCUUGCCGAGAGCCCGAUUAAGGCUGGAAUUGCACCGACGAAGCAUGCCGUUAGUCAGUAUAGUGCGAAGGCGGCGGGGAUUGAAGGUGCAGAGGAGAGGUUGAAUCCCAGACGGCCGUAUAUGCCGGUUGGGGAGGCGCUGAAGACGAGUGUGAAGAAUACGAUGGGAGAAUUGGCUGCGAUAGAGAACAGCCUGUAGAUUAGCUUCAAUGAUUACAUAUUCAUUGGCGGCUAUAUAAUGAUCUAAGAAGCUAUCAGACAUGAGUAUUUAGCAACCAAUGACGUGAUGUUCAUAGUAGACUGAUGGCGAAUGGGACAAGUCCAUGCAAGACCCUUGAUUUAGCGCCAACACGUGCCCUAUCGAUAACGCGACAUUCACGUCUCGAACUUUUUUCCGAUCUACAACUAUACUCUACAAAAAAAGAAGAUGGCGGCGCAAAGAGGAGCAAACGGUGUCGAGAAGAAGAAGCGCUCGAAGAAGCGAAGAACAAGGACAGAAGGUAUAUCCAUAUCUACGACGCAAGUUGCAAACGCGUGACCGCUAACACUUUACGCAACAGUCUCGUCCUCGAGCGAAAGCGACAGCGAUGUCUCCAGCGAAAAAAGUG